CUAAGCCAGUUAGAGAGCUCUCGUAACAAUAUUUCGGUUUGUGAAUAUUUUGAACUAUAUUCGAACGAGACUAUAAAACUCGUAUAAUAUAACACAAUAAACAAAAUGGGACAGUACGAAUUUUUAUUAAAUAUUGAUAAUAAAGAAAUAUUGAUAGAGAUUCUCAAUCAGUCAAUUGACUUUCUCAUUGGAAAUAAAGAUGAAAAUACCUUGAUGCGGCAAUGUCAUAAGUUCGGAUUUCACAAUCCAGACGACUUUUUGCUAGCUUCGCGUAACAUGGCCAAACAUUAUCGACUAAUGUGCUGUUCGGAAAGAGAUAUUGAUGACCAGUCAAUGUUUUCCCCUGAGUUGCAAUAUAUCAUAAAAUCAGUUUACUCAGCUAGAAAAGAGGAGAUUAUCCGUUUUCUUAUAAGAGAACAAAAUAGUAACGAUUGUCCUUUAGUUAAAUCAUUUGAUUGGGAUGUAAGGCUUGUUUUGGGUGACAGCAGCUUUGAUCGAAAUUUUAAGAUAUUGAUAAAUAUUACUUUGAGUUUAAGCAUUGACUUACAAAGUAAAAGCGAAAGUUAUAUACAAUUCCAAGUUAAUAGAAAUCAAAUCAAUGAAUUCAUAAAAAGAAUAGAAUUAGCUUUAAAAGACAUGUAACAAUUUAAUUUUUAUUUACAAAAAAAGACUACACCUGGCACAAUAAAUAUGUACUAACUUUAGAACUUUGUUGUAAAAACCAAA